AUGCCAUCGUCACCACCGACGCCACCGCCACCGCCACCGGCACCUUCGCCGCCACCACCGCCACCGCCACCGCCAACUUCGCCACCGCCACCGCCAACUUCGCCGCCACCACCGCCACCGCCACCGGCACCUUCGCCACCGCCACCGCCACCGCCACCGCCACCGCCAACUUCGCCGCCACCACCGCCACCGGCACCGCCACCGCCACCUCCAACACCACCGGUUCCUUGGUCUUCUGGCAUUUGCCCGAGUGUUGCAUCCUGGCAUCGUGAUACCGCAGCAAGUUCUGUCGCUUCUGGACUUCGGCGCCUCCGGGACAUUUCCAUUCACCUGGAAAACUGUAUCCCAACGCCGUCAUCAGUUGGCCCAUUGGAUACCGGUCAACCGCAAGUGGUUACUGAUCGCUGGAGUCGUAGAUUGCAACUGCCUUCACUCCAGUUUGCAUUUCUACAUCAAGACGGUUUUCUCAAAGCUAUAUCACUGUUACAUGCCCUGUUUCGUCACUCUUCAGCAACGUCUUUUAACCUCUGCUUGGUGUUCGUUGAUAUCUCGAAAGCGUUUGAUUCGCUUUCGCACGACAUAAUCAUCAGAUCUGCUGAAAUAUUUGGAGCAUCUUCAGGCUUAGUGGUCAACAAUUCUGCAUUUGGCAAGAUUGUUUGGGAUCCCAGCCUUCCGGUCCGAGCCCAUGGUUCAUGCGUAAACACCAAGGAGGAGCUGGUGGCUGCUUGGAGUGAUAGUCUGCACAACAGAGCUGACCAUCGUGGUUUACGAGAGUUGGCCGCUUGGCCUCUUUCUAAUCCAUGGCUUGUAUUUUUAGAACGAGUGCCUCCUCAGAUAUUUAUCCGUGGUAUCCGGCUCCGAUGCAAGUUGCUCAGAAUGAGACAUCUGAAAGCCAGACAAGUUAAACGUGAGUGUCACUUCAACGAGAAAUCCGAGUCCUAUGAACAAAGCUAUGAGUGGUCUAGGAGAAAGAAUCGCACAGAACCAACAGCUACGUUCCCGCUGCGACGCAAAUCAUUCUGUUUGGCAACAAAUGCCUCCGAUGAGAAGUCCGGGCUGACUGUGAAUGACAGAGGCAUGAUUUUGACUGUUGGUUGGAAAAACGUCUCUGCCUUGGACACACGCAUUUUCGGUGGGAGUGGAUGGGAGUCGCUAGAGUCGAAGCACUAUUGUAUCAUAUUUUGGGAUGUCCUCAUUUCUGGCGGGAUCAAAGAUGCUAGCAAGAGCGUUAAAGAGUCGAAUGAAAACCAUCACUUUUUGGAUUAUUCUUCUCCAGAUUUGAGCUUGUUCAAGAGGCUCCAGUGUGUACCAGCGGUCCAUCAACAACUUCACUGGGCCCGACGCAAGCCAGUUAGAGCCCGCUGA